AAUCGGAGCAUGUUCCUCUUUCUCGGCACUAUCCUUCGAGGGAGAGAAAAAGAAGCAGGGGGAGAAAGCGAGAAGAGAGAGAGAGAGAGAGAGAAAAAGAGAAAGAGAAAAAGAGAGAGAAGACUCUUGGCGAUCCUCUCGUCGGCAGUGCGUGCUGCACCCUCACGGAUGACACUCCGUUCCGCGCAUGCUCGAAGUUUCGAAGCUCGUUUUUCAUUUCAAACGAUCAAGACCCAAAUUUAUAUAUUUUUCGGCUUGAUUUUUUCAUCUUCGAAUAAUUUUAUAUAUUAUUCUAAUACAAAUGGAUAUGAGAAACAAGAGGGACGCGAUUAAAUAGUUGAUAAAGAACAUUGGUUUAUAAUUUUGAGAGUACCUAAUCGAAAUGUGAAUUUUUUAACAAUUUUGUGACGGGGCGAGAGAAGAGAUUGGUGUACGAGUUUUUUUUAAUAGAAAAAGAAAUCAAACGAAUAAUUGUUCGUCAAACAAGAUAAAUAUUGAAGAAGACAUAUAAUUGAAAUUUGUCGAAUAUAGACAGGAACAAUUCUCAUUCGUGAAGAUGAAGACAAACAAUGGAAAAAGAAUGGACGCGGAAACGGUGAAAGUCGGUUGUUUUCAGAUGCUUCUUGUAUUAAUAUUUUGCAUAAAUUACAUCAUCGUAUCUAUGAAUCACGCUCUACCGGCUUUUCACAAUUAUACACCGAAAUUUUAUUGUCAGCCAAGGAAUACAACGAGCAGAAUUUAUGGCUGUCAAAUCCAAAACAAUUGGACGAUCGAAUCUAACUCGAGCACCGAACUCGAGAUGAACUCCUGUUCUGGUGAUUAUCGAUUCGCGAUCGAACCCGGUGAGAAUAGCGUUGUCACCGAGUGGAUCUUGAUAUGUGAAAGAAAAUAUCUGACAUAUCUAGCGUCGGCAAUCUAUUAUCUUGGUGCUUUGAUCGGUGCUUCGAUUGCUGGAAUUUUGGCUGAUCGAAUUGGAAGACUACCAGUUCAAGCGAUUUGUCUUUACACACAAGGUACAAUGGCUGUUGCAUUGUACAUCGUACAGAACUAUCCUACAUUUUUGGCACUUCGUGGCCUUCAAGGUAUCUUCGUACAAGGCCUACAAAACUCAACAUACAUAUUAUCUCUGGAAUUGUUUCCCAGUAAAUCGCGAACUCUCGUAGCUAUGAUCAUGCAAAUCGCUUGGGCUAUCGGCUUGAUACUCCUAGCGAUACUAAGUUAUUUUAUACCAGACUGGAGAAUUUUGCAGCUUGCUGUUUCUGUACCCACAGCGAUAACAGUACUAUACAUCUGGAUAAUACCCGAAUCCCCGCGAUGGCUGCUAGCUAAAAAUAAAUUAACGGAAGCCGAUAUGGCGUUGGAAAGAAUCGCGAAAUAUAACGGGUGUUGUAUGAGAAUACGCAGAGAGAAGGUUAUAGAAUCUGAGCCUGUUGCUAAAGAAAAUCCGACGCCGGUGAAACCGGAAAGGAAAUCACGUGUUUCUAGUGUCGACUUAAAGAAACCGAAAACUCUUGAAGUGACGACGCAAGACGAGAUGGCGAAAUUGCUGAAUACGCCGAAUUCAAAUCAGCAAAAAGAGCAAUCUAGAAGUUCUACUGUGAUCAUUCAAGCACCCACGAAACGACUUUCAUCAACGAACGUAGAAUUACGAAGGGAAAAUGACGUAGAAAACGAAAUAAAAAAUCCACCAUCCUGUUCGACCAAUAAUCGGAGAUCUAAGAGAAGUUCUCAAUCUGUCUACGAUCAAAAAGUAUCUUCAAAAAUAGAUGAGGAAAUCGUUGUUCUUAGAAAUCCAAGGAAACUCCAAAAAGUAAAUGAUAAUGAAAUAAAAAUGGCCGAAAAUUUUGAACAAGAAUCAAAAAGAAUAAAAAGUAAAACUUUACAAAAAUUAUUCAAACGAUCAUUGACAAGAAAGUAUAGUCUUGUGAUGGUUCUUCAGUGGUUUUCAUCCUCCAUAGCGUGUUAUCUUUUAGCAUCGCUUUUACCAAAUUUUAACGUAAAUAGACACGUGACUUUUGCCUUAGGAGGAGCCUUAGAAAUUGCUACUUAUACGUUUAUAUAUUUCGUAUUGUCCAGAUAUGGAAGACGAAUACCUCUGAGCAUAUAUCAGUCUACAACUGGCGUAAUAUUAAUCAUAUUAUCUAUUCUAAUUAUUUUGAUAGAUUCUUCUUUAGCCUGGAAAGAUCUCGUGAAGACUAUAGUAUUGCUAUUUGGUAGAGUAACUGUAAUAAGCACUAUUGCUAUAACAUAUCUCUACGCUGUUGAACUAUUUCCAACUGUUGUAAGAGGAACCUGUUUAGGUUUAUGCACAGUUUUGGCUGAAGUCGGUUCUUUAAGUAUACCACAAAUGUUAUCAUCGGGAAAAUACGUGACAAUUAGUAUACCAUUAGCGAUCGUUGGUGUGCUGUCUUUUAUUUCUGGUAUAUUAGCAAUCAUUUUGCCAGAAACAUUGAAUAAGAUUCUACCUGAUACAAUAGAAGAUAUUGAACAGAUGUUUGUUAAAAGAAGGGAUCAAAAAUACGACGAAGAAAUUGUUAAUGAGGAUAAAAAUAUUGCAAAAGACGAUCUUACGGAAAGAGAAAUACUAAGAGAGAAACUUUUCUCGGAGGAUUGGGUGGACGCCGGAAACGGUAUAUUAGUUAAUUUUUCCGAAAAUAAAAACGCGGAUUGUUCGCGUGAUUAGUUAAAAUUUUCUUGAGUGAAAAUGUGUGUUUUUUGUUUCUUUUUUCAAUUUUAAUGCAGGUUCACGACCACUCUGAUGUAAAUGUGUAAAAUGUGCUUUCCACUAGAAAUGUAAGUUAUAUUUGUCAGCGGCUUAUGUAUUUAUUACCUUAGAUUCGUAAGAACAAUUUAGAAACUUUAUCAUUUAUUGUAUAUACUUCUAUUUUCAUUUAUAAAAAUUCAUUCUUGGAACUAACACU